GCAAAUGACAAAGUUAACUUAAAGUUAAUGACACUGAUGUUUUCAAACAUAUUUAUGAAUGCAGAAAUUAGCAAAUGUUUGAAUUUUGACUAAAAACAGAGCAUUGGGAAUCAUUUUCUUUCAACAAAGUAAGUGGUGGAAAGUAACUAAGUACAUUUACUCAAGAACUGUAUGUAGCACUCACUGCUGUAGUUCACUGUUGGCCAUCAGAAAUCCCAACAUGAACAGACGACUGCCAAUCAGUCACAAUCAGUCACUUCCAUAGUAUUGGACCUCCUCCCUGUCACUCACAACACCUGAGCCAAUCACCUGCAGUCUUUCCCACCUGGAAUCCACCCCUGUUCCUUUGUUUGAAGCACAUCCAGCUUCACUCAGUCACACACAACAGUCACUUGAACAGCAGGAUCACACCACACCACUGGAAAACCAUUUACUUUUCACAAACUGGAAUCCUGCGAAUCACAGCAUCAAGGAAAGUUUUCCGAACACGUCCGCCUGGGAAGAGACCACAGGGUAGACUCAGAACCCACUGGAGGGGUUAUGUAUCUCAUCUGGCCUGGGAACGCCUCAGGAUCCCCCAGGAAGAGCUGGAAAGCGUUGCUGGAGGAAGGAACGUCUGGAAUGACCUGCUUCAUCUGCUGCCUCCGCGACCUGACCCUGGAUAAGCAGAAGACGAUGGAUGGAUGGAUGGAUGGAUGCUUUAUUUUGAGUAUUUAAAAAUCCUAUUACGUUUACUGUAACUUGUUUUAUGGUUCUUAUCCAGGUUGUUUUCUCCUGACUACAUCCUUGUUUGUGUUGUAUCUACUUGUCUAAGUGAAACUGUAGAUUGUAGAGUAUUUCCUUUAUUAUACAUUACUAAUUAUUACUAUCUUCUAUUUCUAUCUCUGUACUAUGUUAUACUUCCGCAGCAUUUCAGUAGGUAAUAUUGCAGUUUCUACUCCACUACACUUAUCUCACAGUUCAAAUUUCUCAACAGAUGAAGAGGGACACUUUUAAAACAGAACAUUUUGUUCAGGAUUAAAUCUUUUUGUCUUUUUUAUCUGCAGAUUUUAUUUAGUUACAUUACUUUUUCUACUUCCGGCGCCGACACUUCUUCAGUAGCUCCGUUUCUUGAAUUUCCCCCUGGAUUAAAAAAAGUAUCUCUCUCUUUCUCAGCUCAGUUUGGACAGUUUUCAAGUAAUUGUAGACGCUUUUGCUGGUGAAUUUUGGUUGUUUAAGUAAUUUAGCAACAGCUUUGAAUACUAUUGAAUAGGUUUUUGUCAUUAAAGUCAAAUUCUGAGUCAUUGUUGGCCAGUAAAUACUGAUGACAGACAUGAGGCAAUAAGAAAAGACAAGGAAUGUACAAAGUUAGAUCAAAGGUGGCUUAAAGGGGAAAUAAUAUUGGUGUAAAUGAAACAUCCCUGGUAAAAACAGAUGCACAAAGACAACAUAAAUGAACCUUUUCUAAAUUCUCAACACACUUAAUCAUAGACAUGUCCUCGGUUGCUCAUAAAUAAAUGGAAGUACUUGACUUUUUUAAAAUGUGGAACUCCCUCCAGUGCAGUUGUUUAUGUGUUAGUGAGGUGUAGAGACAGCAGCUAAAGGGACUAAUGUUUAACAAGUGAGUAUGUUGAUGUUGAAUCUCCCCAGUAACACUCACACUCCACUCAUUACUGUACCUUUGGGUAAGCGACUGAAAUAUCCACCCGCUGCUUAAAAAACUGGACGUCGAAUACAUAUUUUAUCUUUUUCUUUGAAUCAUUGAACUAACUUCAAGAGAGAUUCUUAAAGUGGGACUUGCACUGCUGAUCUUUUGCAGUUUCUGAUAAUGCCCAACAAAGCCCAAGAGGAUGCUGUAAUCAAUCUGAAGACACUGCAAGAUAUUUCCAGGCAGCUUGGCUUUGAGUGGACGGUGUUGGCGUAUGAGCUCGGCUUCAGCAGAACUGAAAUUGGGCGGUUCCACACCAAAUCUGCGGAGAAGAGCAUCCAGGCUCGGGCCAUGUUGGAAAGCUGGUAUGAGAAGUCGUGGGACAAGCCCAAUAAGACCAAACUGCUGCAGGAUGGACUGGAGCGAGCAGGCCGACGCGACCUGUCUGAGAAACUGCGCUGCCUCCACUGGGGCCACCAGAAGCUGAGCCAGAGAGUGGAGCUUCCCUCUGCCUUCCCCUUCCUCAUCACAGUCCACAAGACCAUCCACAACCAAGACGCACUGCGCAGAAUCAACGACCUCAACCGCAGAUUCACUUAACCUUCGUGUCAUCCUGCGGGUUACAAUUGACCUGUUUCAAAGUUUGAAAAUGUGGGAAAAAAAUCUAUAUUUUCACAGUGAAACUUCUGAUGUCCACAUUUUCAACAUUUUCGGGAAAUCUUUGAACAUUUUUGUUGGAAAAAAAGAAAUGUUAAAAAUGUUCUCAAGAAAAUAUUAGAAGUUUUACUGAUAUAUAUGGAAUCCUUUAGAUAUUUUUAGGAUUUUUUUUGGAAGAUAUUUACUCAUUUUUGAAAAUAUUUACAAGAAUCUUGCCAAAUUUGGGGGAUUUUUUAAAAAUAAAUUUUUAAGGGAAAUGUUUAAGAAAUUAUUGGAAUUUUCUCCUGAAGGUUUUGGAAAUUUUCAGAAAUUUGGGGAAUUUUUUUGCUGAAUUUUUUGAUUUUUUUCAGACAAGGAAACAAUAUUUUUUGGUGCCCAUAAAUGAGGACAACAGGAGGGUUUCAAGCAUCUAGCUGUGCACUAACAUGCAUGUAAACUGCGCUGCACUGAAAUGAAUGGACUUCUUUCACUGAACAAAUGCUUGUUUUUUUGUCUUGUAAGAAAUUAAAGCUUUGCAAUAAAGUUAAA